GAGUCGCCCCGGAGCCGGUGACGUACCGAAGGCCGGUGAGCUGCUCGCCCUACUUUGCUGCUCUGGGGGCGCUGCAGCUGCUGGUGGCGGAGAAGACUUUGAGCAGCAAAAUAGUUUAUUUAGUUGAUGCUGCUGCUGCUGAGGAGGGGAGAGCAGCACGAGCGCGGGCGCAUGCAGCAGCAGCAGCAGCGGCGGCGCGGGAGGCGGAGAAGCGGGCGCUGGCGGAGGCGCGGGCGCCGCUGCUGCAGCAGCUGCUGGGCAGCAGCAGCAGCAGCAGCAGCAGCAGCAGGGGUCCCCGCAUCGAAAUCUUGGGGGCCCCCCUCCGCACUGAUUUAUUUCUUGGAGACGAAUCUGCUGCUCAGAAGGAGGGGGCCCUUUACGUGGGCGUGCUGCUGCGGGCGCAGCCGGAGUGGGACUUGCUGCUGCUGGAGCCCAGCCCCUUCGCCCCCGCUGCUGCUGCUGCUGCAGCAGCAGCAGCAGCAGCGCGGCUGCCCGUGUCUUGGCAAGAAAACAAAAGAAUUAAGUUCGGAAGAUUCGACUCUCUUCCUUACCAGUUUGCUGACCUCCGGAGGCCCCUCAAAAGGGGGGCCCUUUACCUCCAAGACCUUCCCGCGGAGGCCCCCGUGCUUUCCCUCAACCAGCUCUCGCAGCUCAAGCUCGUCUUCUUCAGGAAGUGCUGGAGACCCAGGGUCGCUUCAAAAAUAUGGACCUGGAGGCUGGAGGUGAGUUGGGCGGCAGUUGCUGCACCUGCUGGGGAGCAGCAGCAGCAGCAGCAGCCGCAGCAGUAG